CAUAAAGUCGUUAUUUCUUCUGUUCGAAAGUGAGCCAACAAUGUCUGCGAAAACUAACAACUUUAUGAAAUGUUAGAUCUUGAGCACUAUAACAUGUCACAAAACACCUUCCUCAACUCUUUGGGCUGAGGGGGCCAUGCUCCUCGUACACUGCGGGUGGGGACUGCCCUCGUGUACAUUGGGAAGAGGUAGCACACAUCUGGGCCUGCCCGCCGGAGGCGCGCUGGCAACAGAAUUGGCACAAGUUGCCCGUUUGUCCGGCUAAAGUGGGGGAGGAAGAGGAGGAGCCACGGACGGGCAGAAAAUCCGAGUGAGCCAGACUGCAGUAGGGAGCAGUCUACUUGAAGGGUAAAGUGGAGGGGGGAGGCGGAGUUCUCCGGAAGCGGGACAACAAAACUUUUAAUGAAGAACGAGUCAAAACAGAGUGGGUCAGAACAAGUGUUGUGUGAGUGAAGCUUUAAAAGGCAGCAGUAUCCACUGUGAUGGGGGUAACGAAAUAACGAAAAAAAAAAAAAAACGGAAUCAAACAUUUUUUUCUUUGCGCUGGACUGUCGGCAGCUCCUAGAGGGGGACACUGAAAAGUAGCAGUAUUUGGAGUUUGAUGCCCGCCCUCCAAAAGCAGGCUUUACCUGUGCUAAGAGACAACAUGGAUAUAUCCUGGCCCGGGAAAGUGACAGGAGUAAGAGCAGUGUUGCAGUAAGUAGUGCAAUGGCUAACUGGUAUGACCGCAUGACUGGCUGGCCCAAGAGACUGGUUUGGGCUGAAGAAUGACUAUUUCCUGGUUUGCAUUCAGUAAGCUCUGCUUUCUGCUUUCUGUCACCAUCUGUGCUUUCCUUCUUCUCCUUGUUCCUGGAUUCCAUCUGCUUCGGAAACCAGCAGACUUACUUCAGCUCCGUUGGUCCCUAUCUGCUAACAGAAGUUUGGAAAGGGUUGCAACAACUCACUUGAUUACUUCUGGUGUAGUCAGUGUUUUAGAUGUCUUUCAAAACAGAACUGUCCAUCAGUUUCUUGGUGAGGUGGGAAACAGAAGAUGGUCUCAUCUGUCUCAACAAAUGGAGAAACAAUAUCCUCAGGCUGGUGUGGAGGAAGAGGAGGAGGAGGAAGACAUUAUUGCAGAAGGACCUGGUGAGACAGCACUUGAAAUUGUGAAAGAAAGUCUGCAACCUCUGGAUAUUUUCAUUGCUGUCAAGACUACUCGAAAAUAUCACAAGUCAAGAGUAGAACUCCUUCUCCAGACAUGGAUCUCCAGAGCAAAGGAGCAGACAUUGGUAUUCAGGGAUACAGAGGAUAGGUUAUUGAGAAGUGAGAUGAGUGAUCACCUGAUCAACACCAAUUGUUCAGCUGUACACACUCGUCAGGCUCUUUGUUGCAAGAUGUCAGUGGAAUAUGACAAGUUUCUUGACUCUGGGCGGAAGUGGUUCUGCCAUGUGGAUGAUGAUAACUACAUAAACGUGGACAGACUCAUGCAGCUUCUGUCCUCUUAUUUGCAUACACAGGACAUCUAUGUGGGGAAGCCAAGCCUCGAUCAUCCUGUAGAGGCAGCAGAAAAAGUGAAGAGUGAUGGUUCAGUGAGUAGACUUGAGACUAACAAUAAGAAGCGAUAUAAUUUGACUUAUGAUGAAUAUAUGGCCUUGAAGUUAGAAUCGAGUGAAGAUAUAAUUAUUAAACAAGCGGAUAAAGGGGGUGCUCUGGUUGUCAUGGAUCGUGAUAACUACAUUGCAUCUGUUAUUGCCCUUCUUGAUGAUGGUGAUGCGUUUAAGUGUAUUUCUUUUGUUGAUGUUAAAAAACAUAUUAGUAAUGUUAACAUGUUUGUGUAUGAAUUACAAAUUAAUGGAGACAUAGAUUUGGAUUUGUUUCAUUUUUUCACUGUACCGUGUCCUGUUAUUCCUCAACUUUUAUGUCUUGGAAACUUCAUCAGUACAGCAGAGAAGGUUCGUUUGCCUGAUGACUGCACUAUUGGUUACAUUGUAGAGGCGUUGCUAGAAGUGAAAAUGAUUCACAGUCCACUGUUUCAUUCACAUCUGGAAAAUCUGCAGCAGCUUCCAACUAGCACAAUUCUCAACCAGGUAACACUGAGUUAUGGAGGCCCUGAGAACAAAUACAAUGUUGUGAGUGUGAGAGGAGCUUUCAGCUUGGAUAAAGACCCAACUAGGUUCCGAUCUGUGCAUUGUCUGCUCUAUCCUGACACGGCAUGGUGCCCUUCCAAAAGAAAACUGGGUUUUAAGAGCUAGGUGAUUGCUAAAACCUUUGCAUGGCAUGCACUUUGUGCUGUGAUGACCUCAUGUGGGCAAAAACAUGGUUGCCUGAUGAUGUCUGUGCAUGCAUUUUGUCUGCGGAAACGUAAGAUAGAACCAUUCGUAUAUUUCAUUCACAGAAAACUGCAACAGACCUGAAUGACCAUAAGGCUUCACUUUACUGUGGGCACUUUAACAGAUGUUUUUAUCUCAUUUAUGGUUUAGCUGGGUUUUGUAUAAGCUAUCCCAGAUUACCAUGACAACGAAUAUUUGUAAAUGCAGUACUUCUGUUAAAAUCUGGGAAUGAAUAUGUGCGUCUUGUGAAAAAUGUGACCAAAGGCUCUAAACUGCAUGAAGUAUAACUGAAGCAAUCCAAGCAUCGGACAGGAGCUUUAUGUCCACUUAUAAAGGUUGCACGCAUCCUCAUUUCUAUUGUGCUUAUUUUCCUUACUGGAAAAGUGAGCCAUGAAUAAGGACCAUCACCAGCCAGACUGCUCUGACGUAGGGUUCCAAGACAGUUCACCUUUUUUAAGUUGUUUCUUAGUCCUGGAACACUUCAUCUGAUCUGUAACAAGAGGUCCUGCAGCAGCUCAGCCAGUGGAUGUGGUUGGGAUGAAUGAAACUUGUGUGAUGUAAAGGAGGAUAAGGAGUCACUCAGCUGCCAGAAGUUCUUCUCUUCCUACCUUCUUCUGGUCCAAUUACAAGUUGCUUUUGUUUCUGAAUGCUGCAGUAUACUCCUCAUUUAUCUUCCUUGUCUUAAUUAUCUUCUUGACGUGCUUGCAAAUCAGUUUUGAAUGAGGAGUUUUCCAAACAGUUAUAGUUUCUUGUGACUUGCUGUUCAGUUCAGUGCAAUGCUGUAAGGAAAACCCUUGCCUUGGCAGAUGGUGAACCUUGAGAUCCUAUAAUGGAAGUGAGUUGCAACCUUUCCUAUUUCAGUGUUUUCUUCUGUGACCAAAGAUUGAAAGCCUUCAGAUAAAGGCUGUUGUAUGGGAAUCUGUAAAGCUGACAUUGCCAUCAGUAUGUCUGUGCAACACCAGCUCAGAAUGCCAUUUCACUGUACAGUAUUGCAUUGGCAUUCUUCUCUGUGUUAAAUGUGGCAAACACUUCAUGUGCAGCAUACCAACCUUGUGUGCUGCUAUUCAAUAUAGUCUUUAGUCUGGUCACUGCAGUUCUUGCUGCUGUUGUGAUCAUGAGUGAUGCAUUCUCCUUAACUUUAUGUUAACAGUCAAUGAGACAGUGUCAUGGAGAGUGAACUGUAAGUGAGGCUACAGUAUCUGUUUAUGUAAUGGCUGGCCCAAGUGAAUGGGAGAUGAUGCAAUUAAGUCUGUGUGACAAACUAUAAAACAUUUCAAAUGCUGUGGCA